AUGAUCAUCCAUUCAGUCAGUUCGUGUGCAGCCCCGACUUCUGCAAGACAUCGGUCCCCUGCCCAAGCGCCGGAGGGGCAGUCCGGUUCGGUUAUUCAGGCCUCAACAGUGAUUAAGCGCAAGACUCACCAACUCUGGAGCAGCAUCCAUCACGAUCCGUCUCCGCUCUUAAAAACGGCGUCAGAGUGGCGACCGUGCCACUCGCUCCCAUCGGCGAGACAAAAGCCGCUGCUCUGGGGCCCCCGACGAUUGGCCAGGCCGGACACGUCAGUUCAAGGUUUGGCAGGUCUCAUUGUCAUCGGGCCACUCGGCUUAUGUGCCCGAGGGAAAUGGGUCUGGAGGCGUCCGAAUUGGCAUUACCGGCUGAGCACAUUCUCCGCGGAGAUGAGUGAAGAAUGGACGACCGUCCGAACGGACUCAACUCUGCCGAAAGAGGGGGGGACCGAGUGGAAUUGGCCAAUUUUCAGAGGCAUUUCAGGCGGCAUCAACCCGCCCUACCCCUUAACACUGAGGGUAUCAGGCCGUGUUGUGUCCGGGUCCUCCGCCGGAUCCGCCGAGCGACGAGUGGCGCAAGCUGUCCAGGCCGGACGGACAGACCAGCCCUACAGACACGCACGCACGCACAUACAAGGUCCGCAAUCCUCUGCCUCGUUGCUAGAUCUGCCAGUUUUGACAAUAUCAGAAUUCUACAUGAUUAAUGCUCUCCGGACGUCUCGACUGAGCACUUGGAUUGUCCCAUCGACGACAAGAUUGAUACGCAAAACCGGCAGCGCCCAGUCUCCACCUCCUUGCCCCAACAUAAUGCGGUCGCUUCGUGUCGUCUGGACUGAGGGGGACGAGCCGUAUGGAGAGGAUACGGUUUGCUUGGCCGGUUUGGUCUUGGAGAAAGAGAGAGAGGCUAGGAGAGAUCGGCAACAUUCACCACCUGAAGCCCAGUCUUAUGAAGCAGAGCCUAUUUGCUGUAAUCGCUGUGGCUACGAUUCGACCCUUUGUGUGAAGUCCUCUGAUCUCGGCAACAGUUUGAGUCCCCAUGAGUCCGAAGUUUUUAUGGUCCCAGGCGAGUGUGAUGCCAGACUGGGAGGAGCGACAAACCGACUGUUAUAA